AUGGCUGGGGUAUCCGCUGCCGACGUCCGUUCGGCGCUCUCUCUACCGACUCCUGGUCCCUCCACCGGUCCUUCUCAGUCAGAUAUUUUUCUUGCUGCGACACAACCCAAGGAACGAAAACGAAAGCCGGAUGGCAUCUCGCGCGAGCUUUAUUCGCUCAUUGGCGACUCCACGCCCUCUUUGCAAGCGCAGUUCGCGAAACCGCGUUUAAAGCAGAAACUCAACUUCGGAACCAGUGGGAGCGUCAAAUGGGAGUGGAGAUCGUUCAAGAAUGAGGCGAGGAAGGAUUCCUUGGAGCUCGGACACUGGGUGAAGGCCAGUUCCGACCCUAGUGCAGCAUACCCCUUCGCCAAGUACAACGUCCAGCCGAACGUCUACGAUUAUUCCCUAGACGAGUAUACCAGGUUCUUAGAAGAUCCCGAAUGGACCAAGGAAGAGACCGAUUACCUCUUCGACCUGAUGCGGGAGUAUGAUGCUCGCUUUUAUGUUGUUCAUGAUCGCUAUGACUAUCCCGGUGGUGUACCCCGGUCUCUGGAGGACCUCAAAGAUAGAUAUUGCAGUGUCUGCCGCAAGCUCGUCAGGAACCGACCAUGGCCAGGCGAUGAAAUCAGCAAGAUUAAGCUGCUCCAGAGUUUUGACUUCGACAAAGAGCAAGAAGUCACGAGGAAGAAAUAUGUCGCUUCGUUAGAGUCCCGAACGCCAGAACAGAUCGCGGAGGAGGAAGCAUUGUUCGUGGAGAUUAAGCGCCUAGAGCAAACAGAGCGACGAUUCAAGAAAGACCGCGACGAGCUUCUGCGCACGCUCCUGGGUAUCGACUCCGGCCUUCCUGAUCUUCCUGUUGACGAUGAGAAUCCUGUCGGUGCUGUCAGCGACUCGAAGAACAAGAAGAAGAAAAAUUACGGCAGCGUCAACGCCGCCGCCGGAGACAUCGACAGCCCAAGCGUCAGUGCUGGUCACAGUGUCAUCAGUCUCGGCCAGCCAGUUCAGCGCAAGCAAUCUGCGAAACAACUCGCGCAAGACGCCCUCAAUUGUAUUCAUCGCAUGGACCCUCCCGCCACGAAUGCUACCAAAUCCCAUCAAGCCGCCCACCUCCGCUCCUCCAGGAUCCCAUUCCCCAAACCCUCCUCCAACGCGCCCAAGAUCAUCCAAUGUCUCCAAGAGCUCGGCAUCAACCACCUCCGGCUCAUCAUGCCUACGCGCGAGAACAUUCAGCAGCUCGAGGGCGUCAUGGACGCCGCGUCGGCGCUCGUGGAGACCAAGAAGGUCGUCGAUCGCGUUGAACAGGAAAUCAGGGUGCUGAAGGCCCAGCUCCUGGAGAAGGACAGCGCGGACGCGGAAGGGGACGGCGAAGCAGAUGCAGAAGGGAGCGCGGUCGUGGAGACGCCGACGACUGGGACGCCUAUGGAGGUCGACGGCGGGGAUGCGGAGGCGGGCUCGCCGGACGGAAGGGGACAAAGCGUUAUGAGCUCUGUGAGCAUGAGAGGACGAUCAAGAAAGGCGUCUCGUCGGUCAAUGUCCAUAUCUUCCGUGGAUACAUCUGCCACCGGAGCGACUUCUAAACGACCUCGCAAAGGACGAUGA